AUGGCUCCUCUCUUCUCAAAGCGAUUAAGCUGCUUCUACUGCGGCCGUCGCUCUGUACAGCCAAACAAAGGGCUUGUGCGAAAAUGGCGAUGUAAACAUUGCGAAGCUGUAAACUACUUGGACGAGAAUGGAGAAAUCACAGAUCCUCCUACUGCAGAGACGAAUCCCAAUCCCUCUACCCUCGGCCCCUCAAGCCCUGGCUUCGAAUCCGCCGACUUCACGUUGUCCGGCUCUGGCCUGUUCUGUGCUCAGUGUCUCCGCAAUCAACAUCUAUUUACCAGUGCUUUGGCGUCGUAUCUCCCGUCUUCGGACGAUCCAAACUACAGGGCCUAUGAGCGAGACUAUCCUAAAUUUCGAAAGAACCUCGAGGAGCGGUACCCUCAAGUUUGCGACAAGUGUGAACCCCGGGUAAAGGCGCGCAUCCGCCAGACGGGCUAUGAGGCAAAAUCAGACCACCUUCGAAGGAUGAUGGACCGGAGCAAGGCAGGAAAAGCUGCACGGAGAGCACGUCAAUGGAACUGGCGAAGUCUGCUUGUGUUUGUGGGCGCCAUCUGUUAUUGGGCUAGUAUUGCGGGUCAGCUGGCCUGGGACGUGACGAGCGCUCUAACCAUUGAAGAACCGGCUGAUGACAUGGCCGAGUCUCCUUCCGCCGCAUCGCAUGUCCAGAUAUUUCUCGGAUUACACCGUCUACCGCGCCAGUGGCUUGUCGAUCCAGCGCCAUAUGCUGGUUUCGCUCUUGUCGCUGGCAUUCUUUCGCUAUGGUGGAACCCGAAGUUGCGACUGAAGGUCCAAGGGAGAGGCGGUCGCUUCCUGGGUCUUGGUGAGUACUACAAAGUUCAACUUAUAGUCAUGGUUGUCCGAUGCGCCUUUUGGGCUGUCCUCAGAGAUCCUUCCUCCAGUGGUCUUGAUCCUACCCUACCACCGGCUCUCCACUCAUUCAUGGUCCUCUUCACAAUCCUAUCUGUCUUCAUCUCACGGCGCGUAGUGCGCUACGAUACUCGUCCGCUGGUUAACUGGUCUGAGAUAACUCCCACCGCAACUCCAACCCGGAAAUCAGCCACAUCUCCUCAGCCUACCACGAAUGGAAAACAGCCAUUUUACACUCCUCAUGAACGCGCGCAGAAACUUACGCCACGGUUUCCUCUUGAAAAGCUUGCUACCCCGAAAAGCGCUCAUCAAGAACGUGCAAUCCCAACUCCUCCGCCCGAGGUUGACGACAUGGACUGGACACCGUCUAUAAAGAAUGAUCUCCGACCCACUUCAACCAUUCAUCAGAGAGACCAGAUAUCCAGUGCCCUCGAAGGCCCUACACCAUUUUAUGGUUCACUUCCUCCUGUACCGAAACCUCCGUCCUGGAACCUGCGGAACCUGCCCCCACAGCGCCAGAAACCAAUUGAACAAGUCGUCGAGCGGAAUCCCUUUCACCGCAGCCCUCUACAAUCCCCUAAUACAUGGGGACGCAGUACAGGCUCAUCAGAUGCUGCCUUUGCGCAGCCUAAAUUUUUCCCAGUUAGCGACCAUGCUUCAACCGGACUGGAGAAUCUCUUCGAUCGAACUUUCACCAUCAAAUCACCAGAGGACCAUGAGGAUGAGUGGCAAUCACCCCACCACACCAACACAAGGCCCCGGUCUACACAGGCCGCAAACGUACGAGUGGCACUCGUAUCCCAAAUUAUUCGCCUAUGCCUGCUACUUGGUUCUCUCAUCGCAUGGAACCUCUCGCAAUAUAGGCUUGUCUCCAUCCCAGGUGAUUACGUCGAAAUUGCCUCCUUAGGGAGCGCAAGCCUCACUGCCGGCUUCGCCCUUCUAGAGUGUCUGAAGCAACCGAUUCUACAGUGGAAUGGAAUGGAGAUCCUCGUUUAUUUUGCAGAACUGGCUGCAGCCGUCCAUUUGGGAGGGUACUUACCUGGGCCAUCGCAUGAACGUCACUACUUUGAUAGAUAUGGCAAGCUUCUCUUGAUUUUCAUGAUCGCCCAAGAAGUAUUAGCUGUGGCAACUCUCUAUCGUGCUGCUUCAAACUCCGGUUCGUUGCGAGACCAACAACCGCACCGUCCGUUUUCUCCAACUGCCAACAGUAUGGACGGCUCACCAAGGUCAAGGGCAAGCAAGCACACUGAAUACCAUUCCUUCUCAUCUCCAAUCUCCUCCACUGGACCCUCAACACUCUCUUUUUCCUCUACAGCGGCCGGCUCAAGUUUCAUGACGCACCAGCCAGAACCUCAGUACCAACUUCCAUCCCAACCGUACGACAAAAACAACGCCUCGUUCUACCACAAUAAAAAUGAUCACAGCUUCAGCUUGAAGAGCCUUAAACGCCAAGAAGCCAAUGCCUCCGACUACGACAACGAUCGCGAGUCGGACACGGAAACAACGAUGACGUCCGCCACAAAUGCAACAAACAACACAAUAAGAAAUAUCCGUUACGGAGGCACCAGCAUUAGCACCAGCAUAAGCACCAUAAACAAUGCCCUUUACUCCCCAAAGCGCUCUGAUCUCGGACCUGGGAUUGGCGGCCUCAGUCUUGAGGAUAGCAUCGACAGACCCUCCAAACGCAUGACACGGAGCCAGUCUCAGAGACUUCCGGGUCAGGGUCAGUUGGCUAAUGGAGUCCGCAGGAGGGGGCUUCCUUAG